UAAACGCUGUCAAGUUAAGAUUAACAGGUGCAGUUUAUGAAGUAAAAUGAAUGCUUUCUGUAGGCCUUCAACCACCUGGCCCAACGUGCAUACAGCAUGCUCAAAGACAACAGAACGAUCUGCCAUAGUGACAGUUCGGCCUUGGUGUCCAGGAGACGAAAUUGGCGUAUGGAAAGUCCUGAAGGAUGGAAGUUUUAGCAACGUUCGUGUGUCCUUCUUGUUAGUUUUAAAGAAGAGGGUGACAUCUGCUGUUGUCGUUGGUGUUGGCUCGUUUGCGUUGGGCUACUCCCGCUAUUUUGCUGCAGCCUUGUUGACGGUGGCUGUCACACUGUGCUCGUUAUACUGUCUGACGUGGUUAUUCACUUUGAUGUAUCUUUAUGGCCCGCCUCUUUGGGAUAUGAAGAAUGUUACAAAGAAUUAUUUCUCAGAUGAAGAUUCUGGAUUCUGGGUGGCAGAGUUCAAAGGGCAGGUGGUUGGCACGAUUGCCAUUGUGAAAAGAGAACAUGGGAAAUGUGGACAUCAGAAGUGCUUAAAGAACAAAGUAGAUGAUGUUGAAAAAGUUGCAUGGUUGCGACGAAUGGCAGUGUUACGAGAAUGCCGUGGAAGAGGUGUGGCCAAGUCUCUGGUAGAAACCGCUGUCCAGUUUUGCAAAUCAAGAGACUAUGACAAAGUUGAAUUAAUUACAACCGAAGUCCAUCAAGCUGCUAGGAAACUGUAUGAAAAAUGUGGCUUUACGUGUACUGCGUACCUUCCUCAUAAGUACUGGAAAGGACUUGUCAGAAUAUGGACAUAUGAAUAUGAAUUGCCACUCAGAUGAUAUUGAGUUGUAAUGAUGUAAUGUAGACAAUUAAUAAACUCCAUGAAGUAAACAGUGACUGUUUAACAGGCGGAAGCUAGCAGGCUAUUGCAUAGUAGUGCUUCACAGUACUUAUCCUUUGAAAUUCAGUCUCUGUACACCAACUAGCAGGUUGAGAAAUAUUUGGAUACACCAUAGAGCAUUACCAGCAUGACUUAUCCAGAAAUUUCUCAACCUACCUGUUGGUCUACUUGGACUGCCGGUACUAGAAAUUGUAACUAUUUUACCUCAUGUAUCAUUUCACUUAUGUGAUGGCCGUCAGGUUUACGGCUUUGGGAAAUGAGACCGAGUCUGCCGAUUCUGCAGAUGCUGGAUUUGAACUUGCAUCUGGUCAUCAGGUAGCUUGACCAGGAAGACACCAGAA